AUUGUAUGCAACUGGGAGCCAUUGGGAUACAUAUUACUCUUUUUCCUCACAACCUCCCGGUGAAGUAAAAUUGUUUUGAGACUGAGGUUCUAGCCAAUAUGAAAGUGGUACUUCAAACCACCAUCUGCUUGUGUGUUCUAGCCACAAUUUUACCUCUGGUGAAAGGCACCAAAGUUGGCCUCAACUCCAACUUGAAAAAGAGAUUUAGAGGCUGGCUACCGAGUCGCAUGAGAGCAGCUCUCCACAGCAGCUCUGCCUUAGACUCAGGGAUCCUCAGUGGACCAGGGCAGAGAGAGGAGACAGACUCCUCUGUAUUUAAUUCCAGGUCCAGAAGAUCCAUUGUGACCUCAGUGAAAAGACCUGGCUGUUCUCUGGGAACAUGCACCCUGCAAAACCUGGUCCAUCGGCUGCACAUCCUCAACAACAGGUUAAAGGUCAACAGAGCCCCGGAGGAUAAGAUCAGCUCGCAGGGUUACGGUCGCCGCCGCCGCAGGUCUCCAUGGUCUCUGCCACAGCUCUAUGCUUUGCUAACUCUCCAAGCAGGGAGAGUGAGAUUGGGCUGGAGCAGCGAGAGCCGCUAAGGACUCCAUCUACAGGCCACCCUGCUCAGACAAACUUGAGUCAGGCAGAGAAGAGGAGUGUCAAUCUAGUGAAUGCCAGGUGCUUUUUUUAAUGUGUCUGGCUGGCUGAGAAUCUACUGAGGUGCUAUUCCUGAGCAUUCCCUUCCUGUGUAGGGGAAAGGAUGGACAAAGCCAAUGGAGCAGGAAAUGAAUUUCAUGCCACUGUGGAUGGAAGAAAGCAGCGGCAGAGGGAAGCGAUAAGAAGUGUCUGGAUUUUCAGUCCAACAUUUCUAGUGUUAAUUCAGGUCAUAAUUUAACACUUAUGGAGUUAAUUUAACAUUCAUUGGUGUAAAACACCAAGUGUUGGUUUUAAUAACCAGAGUUAAACCAAAACCACGCUCAUUAUCAUAUU